ACAUGACAGAAAUCUUUACUGCAAGAAGCAAUGACCCUAGAUGAGAGCCCAGGGAAGAAAUCUAUGUGAGAGGGAACUCAGAGCUUUCUCUUUUGGGAGAGAGGCUGAGUCAUGAGCUAAGAGGGAAGAGCCUGCUUGAAGACAGGCUGAUCAGGGCCUGCAGCCUGCCUGAGACUCUAGGAGCAGGUGAACUCAAUGGGUGACUGCUUUGGAGGGCUGAGUUUGCUACCUACCAAAAGGUGGACCACAGUGGAGUGGCUAAUGGUGAGAGAUGAUGGAGGCAGGGGAGAACUGGGACCCAGUGACCUAAACACUAAGUGACACCACUGUAGAGAUUAAAACUACUACUUGCCACAAGGAGGAGCUAAAGCAUCAGAGUAAGAAUUACCAUCACACACAGCCUGAAGAUAUACCGAUCAAAGUUCGUCUGAUCGUCUGCCUUGGCCUCGAGAUGUUGGAUCCAGACCUACUACUGUGCUUGGGAAUGACAGGCGGCACAGGUGGGACUUGGACCUUUGACUGCUGGACCAGGAUUAGGAUCAGGAUUACUUCUCAGGUUUCUACCAGUGUGUUAUGGGCCAGAUUCUGCUCCCCUCAUGCACACUGAGGAGUACCUUACUGUGCAAACGCUGAGGAAAAGGGGACUACUCAGAGUGAGGAGUAACUACUCAGAGUGAGAAAAACCCCUGGAUGGAGUUGUAAGGACUGCUCAUGACCCAGAGCCCCUACUGGAGUUGGGGUGAUCUCUGUGCUUAGGAGCCCCAGCCAUGGACCAGGACCCAGUUGAACUAGGCAGUGUACAAAGAAGGAACAAAAAGACACAGUCUCUGUCCAAAAGAGCUUUCAAUGGCAACCACUGGAAACUGGGAGAAACAAACUUUCAUGCAUUUCGGUUGGAAAAUAGCGCUUAGCAGAAAAUAUGAAGAAACCCUGGAGCCCUGAUGUCCCCCAUGAUAAUCAUUCUUACACCCCAGGUUUCCCAAGUAUACCAGACAGGGAAAGCGAGACAGAAUUAGCACCUGAUGACAGUGAGGAAAAGCAAGAGAAGGAGAAAAAACACACCAAUUUCACUUUGUGCAAUGUUUGUAACAUUCAGUUGAACUCUGCUGCUCAAGCACAAAUCCACUAUAAUGGCAAAUCACAUCAGAAGAGAUUAAAGCAGCUCAGCAAUGGGAAUCUUAAAAAUGAUAAUGGUGGCACAUGCCAGAGCCCUGCUCUUCCAGCCCUGGUGCGUACUCCAGCCCCACCAUUACAACCAUCGCUGGAUAUUAAACCAUUUCUUCCAUUUCCCCUGGAUACAGCAGCAGCAGUCAAUCUCUUCCCCAACUUCAAUGCAAUGCUAUACCGUGGUUGUGCCUGUUACUUAAACCUACCUAUAUGUGAAGCAGUAUACACCAGAAAACGGGUUGUAGAGAAGAACCUCAAGAUGGACCCAAUUCAGAAAGCUGUAAUAAAUCAUACAUUUGGGGUUCCUCUUCCUCAUCGAAGAAAGCAAAUCAUAUCAUGCAACAUUUGCCAGCUGAGAUUUAAUUCUGAUAGCCAGGCUGCGGCCCACUACAAAGGCACUAAACAUGCCAAGAAGCUCAAAGCACUGGAAGCCAUGAAAAAUAAGCAGAAAUCUGUUACUACCAAGGACAGCGCAAAGACUACCUUCACUUCCAUCACUACCAAUACCAUCAAUACCAGCUCUGACAAAACAGACCUUACCACUGGGACACCAGCAAUAUCAACAACAACAGUGGAAAUUCGGAAAAGCAGUGUUAUGACAACUGAGAUCACCUCUAAAGUGGAAAAAAUCCCCACAACAGCCACUAGCAGCAACACAUGCCCUUCCGUGGAGACCGAGGAAGAAAAGGCAAAAAGACUGCUUUACUGUUCACUAUGCAAGGUUGCUGUCAACUCCACCUCGCAGCUGGAGGCGCACAACAGUGGGACUAAGCACAAAACUAUGUUGGAAGCUCGGAAUGGAAGUGGAACUAUUAAAGCCUUUCCCCGGGCAGGCGUCAAAGGCAAGGGACCUGUUAAUAAAGGAAACACAGGCCUACAAAACAAAACAUUUCACUGUGAAAUUUGCGAUGUGCACGUAAACUCUGAGACACAACUUAAACAGCACAUAAGUAGUAGAAGGCACAAAGAUCGAGCUGCUGGGAAACCCCCUAAACCUAAAUAUAGUCCUUACAACAAACUCCAAAAGGGAGCACAUCCGCUUGGGGUAAAAUUAGUAUUUUCAAAGGAACCUUCAAAGCCAAUGGCUCCACGAAUCUUACCAAACCCACUAGCAGCUGCAGCAGCAGCUGCUGCUGUGGCUGUGAAUUCCCCUUUCAGUCUUCGAACAGCCCCAGCAGCUACCCUAUUCCAGACUACAGCACUUCCUCCAGCACUCUUACGACCAGCUCCUGGGCCUAUACGGACCACCCAUACUCCUGUGCUGUUUGCUCCUUACUGAACUGCAAACAGGAAUCAAUUGUACUGCAAUAAUUUUUCAAAACAAAAACAAACAAAAAGAAGCAAAUCAAGAACAUGGAACUAUGCAGUGUUUAUUUAUAGUUUAAAGUAUAUAUGAAGAGCCAGGACUUUUGAUAGAGAAUUGAUCAAAUUCUAAAAGAGGGAAGGGGCAGUAUUUUCUCCAGAUGACAGCAUCCCUCUUGAAUAUUGACAGUUUUCGAAGUGAUCUCCAGCAUUGACUCACAGUGAUAUACAGAACUUGUGAAGCCUUUUUGACUGUGCUUUUUGGCACAUAUUUCCCCUGAAAUGUCUUUCCUGCUUUAUGAAACAACUUACAAAUUUGUCUAAAGGGCAUUAACUGGUUCCAAUGUACAUAAAAUACUUUAUUCUGUAGAUUAAAAGAAGAAGAAGAAAAAAGAAACACUGUGAAUAGUAGUACCCUUACUGAUCCUCCUGCCAAAUGAGCAGUUACUGGGUAUUUUUCUGAACAAAAGUAGCUACAAUAGAUGUCUUGUACAACAAUAGUAUUGUGUCUCUAUCUAUGCCACUAGGUUUAUAACUGAGUUGCAAAAGGUAAAAUGAACAAAUUAUCUCACUUUGUUAAAUAGGCAAAAUGACAAUGAUAAUGUGGUGUUCCUAGUUAGAAAACUUUCCUUUCCUCACCUAAUAGAAAAAGUUAAAGUACAGAGACAUACAGUAGAUCUAUGGUUAAGACAAAAAUAAGAGAUAAAAAACAUUUAGUGCAAAAAUUCCAUAUGCUGUACAUUAAAUAGGCACAUUUCUAUCUAAAUGAAAAAUAUGUGUACAGUGUAUGUAUCCAAAAGAGCUAAUACUUACAGGAUGGAACUAACAUGAAAGGCAUAAAGGUGGAGAGCAAAAAUAUUCUGUUUUCAUGAGUCACAGAGAAGUAUAACUUCAUUAGUGGUAGAACAAAGUGAUGUCAAGAGUGGGUUAUUCAUGGUCAUACCUAGCAAAUGAAAACCAACUGUGAAAAACUGGCCCCUUUGAUGAGAACAGGAGAUUUGCCACUGACUUCAGAGGAGCCAAGAUUUCACCCCAAGACUAGGACAUAUUCUUUUUAUAUCAUACCAGUGGGACUGUCUGUAUUAAGUAGAGGUCAAAACUUGUUUGUUAUAGGUAUAGUAAUAGAAAUAAAUAUGUUCUAUGAUUUUAUUUCCUACUGAUGUGAUAUAAAAUAUAUAUAUAUAUAUACACACAUAUAUAAUCUAAGCAGCAACACACAAUAUACAUAUUAUGAAAUAAUUGCACAUCAUGGGUCUGAAGCAAAUACCACCUUUAGGAUCCUAAUGGACCCUACAUUCUGUAGCUGAUCUUUGCUUUCUUUGCAAGGUUUUAAAGCCUUAUAUAUUCACUAUGAGGCUUAAAGGGGCUGAUAGUGUCCCUAUAAAAUAGGAUUCAUCAGGGGUAUAUAUAGAUAUAUUGUAUAUAUGUUAGAGUAAGAAAAAUAACUUAUAAACAGAAAAUCUACUAUAUAAAGUAAUUAUAUAACCAUUCAGUUUCAUAUGUGGAUCAUUAAAUACUAACAGACAGCAGAGAAGAAAAUUCGGCAUGUCUUGAAUCUCUGAUAUGUGCUGCCUGCUUUUCCCCAAAGGGAUCUGAAAAAUAUCUAUUAAGAUUAUGGAGCGGACUGCUGAGUCUGAUGCAGCCACUCUGAUGUGUAGCUCAGUGAAAAGCCUACAGUACUUUUAAGAAAAACAAAAAAAUUGAAACCAUAAUUUAAGUUCAGGUGUGUGUGUUCGGGGGGGGAUGGUUUAAAAGAUUUUAUAACAAUGCUUUUAAUAUAAAAUAAUGGCCAUGUGGUCGCGACCUAAAAGUGCUUGGGGUUAACAUAAGCAGAUUAGGAGAUGUACAAGAUGGGAAUAUGCAGCACCCUGGACUUUCAGGUUAUUAGUGGGCCUUCCAUACACAUUUUUACAGCUUAUCUGCAUAUAAUUUUUUUUUACAAAAAUAAAUAAAAGAGAGAAAGAAAAGGUGUUCCCUGGAUGGCUGUGUCCGAAGAAUUCCAAAGAGAUGUGUUUAUUUCUCUGUAAGGAUUAAUUAAAAUAAGCUCUGUAUUAAUCAUGUCUAUUAUUUGGUCCAGUUUAUCUGCAAAAGUUUGUGCCUUGAAAUCAAGUUGGUUGAUAGUAAUCACCUUAAUCAGAUAUAGGACACAAACUAGAUACUGUGGUGAUUUCAGGACUACUUACUUACAUGAAUUUCUUUGGCCCAAGAUAUUCAUAAAUAGGAGAGAAGGAUUAAGCUCCUAACAUCAUAUUCAGGCACCUAAAUAGAUGGGAUGAUUUUAAAAAGUGCUCGGCACCCAGCGGCACCCAACAAGGUUACAAAUGGGCCCAUCUCUAAAGCAUGGGGCCUGACACUCAGAGUAUUUGCAAGUCAGUCCUCUCAUUUAGGUGUAUAAAUAUAGUUUUAGGAGCCUAACUUUGAUCUCUUCUUUUUAAAAUCUUGGCUUGGGUCUUUAGAAUAUUCAGCCUAUGUUCUGUAUGCAGUAGCUGUGAUGUCAUCAACAUGUGUGCCUAUCCCUUAUUGAAGAUGACAGUGGUUUUCAAUCUAUGCUCAAUGACACCAUUUGUCAGCAGAAUCUUUCCUACUGGUCCACAAUUUGAAACAUUUGAGAAUCAAAGGGAGGACUAGAGUGUUGGGACAGAAGAUGAAAUAAUAUGUGGAAUAGAAAAGUAGGAGAACCACUAACCUAUUUUAUAGUCUUGUGCAUGGCCUACUGGUAGAGGGGGCACAUACUGUACAUUCUGCCACGCUAUCACAAUGCCAUUAAAAUCAACAGACCCAUCUUUGUGAACAUGUUGUGGCCUGUGGCAUGUAUGGAGGCACAGUACUAAGGGGAGCAUUAAUAAAAGUUUUGCUAGAAAUAAACAGUGUCAUUCCAACUAUUUCCACCUGCAACUUCACUUUCUGUUUCUUGGACCUUUUUUUGUCACAGUGCUCUAUGGAACAAUUUUUGGCCACACAAGUCUCUCUUAAAUAUCAGCUGUACACAACAAUCUCAAACCUUUUUAUGUCUCUUACUCACUACCUAAUAAAGGAUAA